AUGCCGCUGGUGAAGAGGAAUAUUGAGCCCCGGCACCUAUGCCGGGGGGCUCUUCCUGAGGGGGUGACGAGUGAGCUGGAGUGUGUCACCAACAGCACGCUGGCUGCCAUCAUCAAGCAGCUGGGCAGCCUCAGCAGGCACGCGGAGGACAUCUUCGGUGAGUUGUUCAACGAAGCCAACAGUUUCUACAUGCGGAUGAACUCGCUGCAGGAGAGGGUGGACCUGCUGGUCAUCAAGGUGACGCAGCUGGACUCCACCGUGGAGGAAGUUUCGCUGCAGGACAUCAACAUGCGGAAAGCCUUCAAGAGCUCCACGGUGCAGAACCAGCAGGUCGUGUCUCGCAACUCCAUCCCCAACCCGGUGAUGGAGAUGUACCAGCGCUGCGACAAGCCUCCGCCACUCAACAUCCUCACGCCCUACAGGGAUGACAAAAAGGACGGCCUCAAAUUCUACACUGACCCCUCCUACUUCUUCAACUUAUGGAAGGAGAAAAUGUUGCAGGCGACAGAAGAUAAGAGAAAGGAGAAGCGCAGACAGAAGGAGCAGCGGCUGGUGGAGGACUCCACCCGGGAGGUGAAGAAAGUGAGGAAAGCCCGCAACCGGCGUCUGGAGUGGAACAUGAUGGCGUAUGAUAAAGAAUUUCGACCCGAUAACAGGUUCUCACCAUCCCCCUAUCACAUGGCGUCAUCGGAAGGAUCACUGUCCCCAGAUAAUAGGCAGGUUUUACCUACUACACG